GAGACCGCGGACAGACCGAGCACAAGUGGACCGGUUUCAAGCUAAGCUAAUUCAAUCAAAUUUGCGCUUUUUUUGUUUUGAUAGUUUGCAUUAGUCCCGUUUGCGGCACAUGCUCGAAUCAGAUUGAAAAAUACCAAAGCUAUUUGUUCCUAUAACAGCCAGCAGGCUAACACUUAAACCCGGUAUUUACUUUGUAAGCCGCUUCUGUGCUAGCGAGCUAAAUUGGCGCCAGUCGGGUGUUUGACAUCAGCGCGUUUCAGUCACGUUUCCCGGUGUUGUUGUUUGUAGCCGCUAAAGUGAACUGAGCUAGUUUCCGUUUAGGCGCAAACUGCAGAAAAGACAAAAGCGCACCACGAUAUAUUAAAAAUAAAAAAGUUAAGCAUGGCUGAAUUCCUGGAAGAUCCGUCGGUCCUCACGAAGGAUAAGCUGAAGAAUGAGCUCACAGCAAACAAUGUGGCACUUCCCAGCGGAGAGCAUAAGAAAGAGGUGUACGUGCAGCUGUAUCUGAAGAACCUAACGGUGCUCAACGAUAAGAAGAGCCCGCCUGUAGACACCUUCUCCAGCGAUGAAGAGUUGCCCACUCCCGUGGUGUCCAACAAAAGUCGAUCUGGAAGAAAAGCUACAAAAAAGACAGACAAGCCUCGCUCAGAGGAAGCAGAGGUGACAGAUCUCACAGAUGAAGAUUUAAAACAACAGCUGGCCAAACAUGGUGUGGAAAUAGGACCCAUUGUUGCCACCACCCGUAAGCUGUAUGAGAAGAAGCUGCAGAAGGCUUUGGAGCAGCCUCCAGCCGAGCCUGCAGCUCCUGCAGAGGUCACAGAGGUCACAGCUCUCCCCAAGGUCGACAGUAACCAGAACGGAAACACAAACUCUGACCACUACAGUGACAAGGAAGAUGAGGAGAUUGCUGAACCAGAGCCCGUUCCCGUGGUGGAGAAGGCUCUGAGGAGCCGAGGGAAAACUCCAGUUACGUCCAGAACCAGCAGCAGACGACUCGCUAAGGUGAGACAUUUAACCAUUUCCAAUCUUAGAAAUAGAUAUCCAUAG